AUGUCACCUCCGGGACUUUUCAAUCCGUGGAACCCGGGUUUGAUGUGGCAUUGGAAGAAGCGACUCUUUGGGUUGUUUGAAGUCUAUGAGCGGUUCGGAAUGGAUACCGUAUCAGUCGUUCCAUACGCAUACGGUAAUCCGAUGAUAUAUACGGCCAACUUUGAAAUAUUUCGUCAAGUUCUGGCGGGUGGUGUCAAAACUCCCUGGAUUAAGCAUCCGGGAACGACUUUCCAAGAAUGGGGUGUAAAUGUGCACACGGCGAAGAAGGAAGAAUGGAAAAGGCAUAGGAGAAUCACUGGGGCGGCCUUUAAUAACAAUUUGUAUACCCACAUCUGGGAGCAAACCGUGCAAGCAUAUUAUGAUUGGACAAGGGAUGAGGGCUGGUCUGCAACAGAGUUUGCUUCUAUUCCUGUGAUCCAGACUGUGACUUCCAAGCUUACGUUCUUGAUUAUUGUCGUCUGUGGAUUUGGACUGAAUACGUCUUGGUCCGAUGAGGCGCAUACAGACACUGGGAAUAUGACUAUUCCUGAGGCCAUGCGAAUCCUCUCACUCCCGUCUCCCUUCAAGUACCUCCCUAAACCUAUGAUGCAGCUACCAUUUAAGGCUCUGCGUGAAUUCCGAUCUGUAAGACAAGUGGUCGACAAGUAUAUGAGGGAACGCGUAAAUGAACGCCAGGCAUAUGUCAGGACACAGGUGGCUAUGAAUGAAGAGGGCGAUCGUGAUAUGUUCAGUUUACUUGUCCGCGCAAAUGGCAACGAUGUCAUGAACGGUAGUAAGCAGACAUUAUCAGAUAGCGAGCUGAUGUCAAACGUCUUUCUCAUGCUGUUUGCGGGCUACGAGUCUACCGCGCACACCCUGGCUGCAACAUUUGCUCUCUUGGCAGUGCAUCCGGAAGUGCAAGAUGAUAUUUAUAGCCAGAUACUGGAUGUAGUGGGACUUGACCGAGAUCCUACGGCCAACGAUUAUCACAAUCUCAACAAGGCUCUGUAUGCGUACUUUGAAGGAACACGUAUGUUUCCCACUGUAGUUGCUAUAUUCCGCGAAGCUGGAGAAGACAUUCCACUUCCUAUUCCCGUAUCCUUGACGUCCGAAGAGAAGACUACACUUGUAGUGCCGAAAGGUACUAUAGUGGCUCUUGACGUUUUGGGCUAUCACUACAAUCCCCAUUAUUUCCCGGAUCCAACAAAGUUCAUUCCAUCACGCUGGGAAGGAGACGCUAAAGGCGACACACUCGCAGCAUUUGGUCACGGCCCGCGUAUCUGUCUUGGACGGAGAUUUUCUACGACGGAAGCUGUUGCCUUCCUUACCAUGUGUCUGCGUGACUGGGUCGUAGAGCCAUUGCUCCAGGAAGGUGAGACAAUAGAUCAGUGGCGAAGUAGGGUGCUCGAUGGGAGAUUCUUUUUGGUCCUCGGGGUGAAGAAUGUGCCUGUGCGGCUCAGGCGCAGGAGAGCUGUCUAG